CCAAUGCUUAACUAAGCCUUUCUCUUCACAGUACUUGAGGAACGCUUCCACAAAAUCUACCAAGGGAAUGUUCUUGUCUUGGAAUCUAUAUAAUACUUCAAAUUAAAAAACAUUAGAACUAUAAUUGUUGUUGGAUAAUAAAAUCAUAUUAAAUAUACAGACUAUGUUACCUAUCAUGUACUAUUGAUAACAUUAUCUAGAGAGUAGAUGAUAACAUUGGAGAGGCUCUCAAAACUUUUGAAUAGACUUGUCAGUUGAUUUAGAAUGAAAUCAAACGUUCUUCGGUAUUAAUAUGUUGUUAAAAUGGACUAAAUUGGAGUGCAGCCAUAACUAUUGCAUAUUUAAUAAAUGCUAAAAAGUGGCAAUAUGAGAAGGCCUUCUAUUACAUAAAAUCUUUGAAAAGUUUGGUAAAUCCAUAGUUAGCUCUAAAAAAAUAAUUGAUUUUAUUCAAUAACAAAAUUCAUAACACUAAAACCUUUAAUCAAGAGAACAAGAUGAAUUAAUCUAAUUUAAUUGUUCAAUCAAAGUUCUAAUAAAGGAUUAUAGAGUAAAAUGAAAAAUUGUAAUAUUUGAAUGAUUCCAUAUAAUCUAGAGAUGAAAGAAAUUCAACCAAUUCUAAUUAAUGUGAUAAGACUCCUAAUUUUUUUUCCCCAAAAAAUACUCAUAUAAACAAGAAAACUAUUGCAUAAUCUGAGACAAAAAUAAUGAAAAAGGAGACUAUACCAAAAUUAGCAAGACAUUUAAGAAAUUACACAUUCUAAAUUGAAGAUGGAAAUAAUAAUCUUAAUCUUAAUAAUAAUAAUAAUGCUAAUAAUUUUAUUAAUUAACCAAUUAUAAGUAACUCUCCAAAAUUCAAAGAGGAAGAAGAACCUGUUGUUUUAAGGCAUAGAAAAAGAAGAUUUGCGCAUAGAACUAAAAGUGCUAUUAAUAAUGUUUGA